AUGCCUCCAAAACGCCGCGCAGCUGCUCCAGCGCCAGCACCCAAGGAAAAGCAACCCCGCCAAUCCGCACUUGCCAAAGAGAACAACAUCAGCGCAGCCACCGAAUCUGAAGUUAAAGAGGCUUUCUCCCUCUUCGCCAAUUCGGACAAGGAAUUGCCCUCCCGGUCCCUGCGCCAAGCGCUCACGGCUCUCGGCGUCCCUGCUUCCUCGCCGAGUGAGCUCCAAGACUUGCUAGAUGCCGCAGAUCCUGAAGAUACUGGAACUAUAUCUUAUGCGCAUUUCGUUGCCGUCGCGGCGCUACAAUUGAGCAACAAGAGUGAGGAGAGCCAACAGAGAGAGGUGGAGGAUGCGUUCAGGUUGUUCACGAGUCUGGGUGGUGAGGACGGCAAGAUCACAUUGGCUUGUUUGAGGAGGGUGGCACGGGAAUUGAAGGAAGAUGUUGGGGAGCAGACAAUGAAGGAUAUGUUGUUGGAAGCCAAUGGAGGCAGUGGAGUGGGCAGAGGGGUAGGGUUGAAGGACUUCGAGGGAGUCAUGAGGAGGGCGGGGGUCUUCCGGUGA